AUGGUGAAAAGGAAAAGCUCAGAGGGCCAGGAGCAGGAGAGCGGCCGUGGCAUCCCUCUGCCCAUCCAGACCUUCCUAUGGAGGCAAACCAGUGCAUUUUUAAGACCUAAACUGGGGAAACAAUAUGAAGCUUCCUGUGUGUCUUUUGAAAGAGUUUUAGUAGAAAACAAGCUGCAUGGCCUUUCUCCAGCUCUCUCUGAAGCCAUCCAGAGCAUUUCUCGCUGGGAACUUGUCCAAGCUGCGCUCCCGCAUGUGCUGCACUGCACCGCAACAUUGCUCUCCAAUCGAAACAAGCUAGGACAUCAGGAUAAGCUUGGAGUAGCUGAAACAAAGCUUCUUCACACUCUUCACUGGAUGCUGCUGGAGGCCCCUCAGGACUGCAGCAAUGACCGAUUUGGAGGAGACAGAGGCUCUAGUUGGGGAGGGAGCAGUAGCGCCUUUAUCCACCAGGCUGAAAACCAAGGAUCACCAGGACAUCCCCGGCCCAGUGCCACAAAUGAUGAGGAGGAGAAUAACAGAAGAAAGUUCUUCCAGAACUCCAUGGCCACAGUGGAGCUCUUUGUGUUCCUCUUUGCUCCCCUUGUCCACAGGAUUAAAGAGUCUGACCUGACAUUUCGGUUGGCUAGUGGCCUUGUUAUUUGGCAGCCUAUGUGGGAACACAGGCAGCCUGAAGUUUCUGCCUUCAACGCCCUUGUAAAACCAAUCAGGAACAUCGUUACAGCUAAGAGAAGUUCUCCCACCAACAAUCAGAGCGUGACUUGUGAAUCCCCUAAUCUGGACAGUGGACAUACCGAGGGACUACAGGUGGUCUGUGAGACAACCCAGCCAGAUUCUGUACCUCCAAAGGCCACUGUUUCAGCAUGUCAUCGUGGAAAUUCCUUGGAUGGAAGCGUAUCCUCCCAAACCUCUCAGGAGAGAGGUACCGCACAUCCCAGGAUGUCCUUGGUGAUCCCACCAUGCCAGAAGUCUCGCUAUGCCACAUACUUUGAUGUGGCAGUGCUGCGCUGCCUGCUGCAGCCACAUUGGUCUGAGGAGGGCACACAGUGGUCACUAAUGUACUACCUGCAGAGGCUGAGGCAUAUGCUACAGGAAAAGCCGGAGAAACCACCUGAGCCAGAGAUCACCCCUUUACCAAGACCUCGCAGCAGCUCCAUGGUGGCUGCUGCACCCUCUCUGGUGAAUACCCACAAAACUCAGGAUCUUACAAUGAAAUGUAAUGAGGAAGAAAAAUCACUAAGCACAGAGGCAUUUUCCAAGGUUUCAUUGACCAACUUGCGUAGACCAGCAGUGCCAGAUCUCUCCACAGACCUGGGGAUGAACAUCUUCAAAAAGUUUAAGAGCCGCAAAGAGGACAGGGAGCGUGAGCGCAAAGGGUCAAUUCCUUUCCACCAUACUGGGAAGAAGCGGCAACGAAGGAUGGGGGUGCCCUUCCUCCUCCAUGAGGAUCAUUUGGAUGUCUCGCCCACUCGCAGCACUUUCUCCUUCGGCAGUUUCUCUGGAAUUGGAGAGGACCGGCGUGGCAUUGAGAGAGGAGGAUGGCAAACCACCAUAUUAGGAAAGUUUACCAGACGGGGGAGCUCUGACACAGCAACGGAGAUGGAGAGCCUGAGUGCGAGGCAUUCACACUCUCAUCAUACGCUGGUCUCUGAUCUACCGGACCACUCAAACAGCCAUGGAGAGAACACAGUCAAAGAAGUGCGGUCCCAGAUCUCCACCAUCACUGUGGCAACGUUCAACACUACCCUGGCCUCAUUUAAUGUGGGCUAUGCCGAUUUCUUCAGCGAGCACAUGAGGAAGCUUUGCAACCAGGUGCCCAUCCCUGAGAUGCCCCAUGAGCCGCUCGCAGGUGCCAACCUCCCACGGAGCCUGACAGACUCCUGCAUCAAUUACAGUUGCUUGGAGGAUACGGAUCACAUUGAUGGAACCAACAACUUUGUCCACAAGAACGGCAUGCUGGAUCUCUCGGUGGUCCUGAAGGCUGUUUACUUGGUCCUGAACCAUGACAUCAGUUCCCGGAUUUGCGACGUGGCACUGAAUAUUGUGGAGUGCUUACUUCAGCUUGGUGUGGUGCCCUGUGUAGAGAAGGUUCGGAGGAAGAGUGAGAACAAAGAAAAUGAGGCCCCUGAAAAGAGACCAAGUGAAGGAUCCUUCCAGCUCAAAGGGGCUGCUUCUGCUGGUUCAGCUUGUGGAUUUGGGCCUCCCCCAGUUAGUGGAGCUGGAGAUGGAGGAGAAGAAGGAGGUGGUGGAAGUGGUGGAGGAGGUGGAGGUGGAAGUGAUGGAGGUGGUGGAGGAGGAGGAGGGCCGUAUGAGAAGAAUGACAAAAAACAAGAAAAGGAUGAAGGCCUAUCUGUCAGCACCCAUAGGCUGGCACUCACAAUGCUGAUCAAAAUUGUGAAGUCCCUGGGUUGUGCCUAUGGUUGUGGAGAAGGACACCGAGGGCUCUCUGGAGAUCGCCUGAGACACCAGGUAUUCCGGGAGAAUGCUCAGAACUGCCUCACAAAGCUGUACAAACUGGAUAAGAUGCAGUUCCGGCAGACCAUGAGGGAUUAUGUGAACAGGGAUUCUCUCAAUAAUGUGGUGGAUUUCCUGCAUGCUUUAUUGGGAUUCUGCAUGGAGCCAGUCACUGACAACAAGGCUGGAUUUGGGAAUAACUUCACCACAGUGGACAACAAGUCUACAGCCCAGAGUGUAGAAGGUAUUAUUGUGAGUGCCAUGUUCAAGUCAUUGAUCACUCGCUGUGCUUCCACUACACAUGAGCUGCACAGCCCAGAAAACCUGGGCUUGUACUGUGAUAUCCGACAGCUGGUCCAGUUUAUCAAGGAGGCUCAUGGGAAUGUAUUUCGGAGAGUGGCACUCAGUGCCCUCUUAGACAGCGCUGAAAAGUUAAUACCAGGAAAAAAAACAGAGGAAACGGAGCAAGAGCCGAAACCUUCUGGGAGCAAAAGAUCCGAGGUGGGAAGCAUCAUCAUUGACAAAGGCCAGGCAUCAGCUGCCCCUGAUGAAUGCCGUAGUUACAUCUCAAGCCGCCCAAUGCAAACUCCAGAACAUGAUGAGCAAAUCCAAGGGGCCGUUCUGGGACGCAAGGACUUCUGGCGAAAGAUGUUCAAAUCACAGAGUGCAGCGAGUGAUACCAGUAGUCAGUCUGAGCAGGACACAUCCGAGUGCACCACUGCUCACUCUGGGACCACCACAGACAGGCGCUCCCGCUCCCGUUCCCGACGAAUCUCCCUCCGAAAGAAACUCAAACUCCCCAUAGGGAACUGGCUGAAGCGCUCCUCCCUCUCUGGCCUGGCUGAUGGGGUGGAAGAUCUCCUAGAUAUCAGCUCUGUCGACCGUCUGUCUUUCAUCAGGCAGAGUUCCAAGGUGAAGUUUACUAGUGCAGUGAAGCUGUCAGAAGGAGCGGGGCCAGGAGGUGGCCUGGACAACGGGCGAGAUGAAGAGGAGAAUUUCUUCAAGCGUCUUGGUUGCCAUAGCUUUGAUGAUCACUUGACCUCCAACCAAGAAGGAGGAAAAUCCAAGAACGUUGUGAACCUGGGAGCAAUCCGCCAAGGCAUGAAGCGCUUUCAGUUUCUCCUGAACUGCUGUGAACCAGGCACUAUCCCCGAUGCCUCCAUUUUGGCAGCAGCCCUAGAUCUUGAAGCUCCUGUAGUGGCGAGAGCAGCCCUGUUCCUUGAGUGUGCACGCUUCAUUCACCGCUGUAAUCGUGGCAACUGGCCCGAGUGGAUGAAGGGCCACCAUGUGAACAUUACUAAGAAAGGCCUGUCCCGUGGACGUUCUCCUAUUGUGGGCAACAAAAGGAACCAGAAGCUGCAGUGGAAUGCAGCUAAGCUCUUCUAUCAGUGGGGAGAUGCAAUCGGUGUCCGCCUCAACGAGCUGUGCCAUGCUGAGAGUGAGAGCCCUGCCAACCUGCUGGGCCUCAUUUAUGAUGAGGAGACCAAGAGGCGCCUGAGAAAGGAGGAUGAGGAAGAAGACUUUUUAGAUGACAGCACUGUGAAUCCUACCAAAUGUUGUUGUCCUUUUGCACUGAAAAUGGCAGCCUGUCAGCUUCUCCUGGAGAUAACCACUUUCCUUCGAGAGACCUUUCCCUACAUGCCCAGGCCACGUACUGAGCCUCUUGUGGAUCUGGAGAGCUGCAGGCUGCGUCUGGACCCUGAGAUGGACCGACACAGGUAUGAAAGAAAGAUCAGCUUUGCUGGGGUUCUGGAUGAAAACGAAGAUUCAAAGGAUUCCCUGCACAGCAGCAGCCACACCCUCAAAUCUGAGGCUGGCUUCGAGGAGAAAAAAGUUCCCAGCAGGAAGAUCAGGAUAGGAGGCUCCCGCUUGCUCCAGAUUAAAGGAACCCGCAGUUUCCGGGUGAAGAAGGGGGGUUCCCUUUCCAGCAUUCGCCGGGCCGGCAGCCUAAAGAGCACCAAGUUAUCACGGCAGGACUCAGAGUCUGAGAAUGAGGAGCUGCAGCUGUCCCACAGCAGGGACACUGUCACUGAUAUAGAAGGGAGCCCUUGGAGCGCGAGUGAACCUAGCAUUGAGCCCGAAGUGCUGAGCAACACAGGCACGGAGGAGAACUAUCAUCGGAACAUGUCGUGGCUGCAUGUUAUGAUCCUAUUAUGCAACCAGCAAAGUUUCAUAUGUACCCACAUUGACUACUGUCACCCACACUGCUACCUCCAUCAUAGCCGGUCCUGUGCUCGCCUUGUCCGGGCCAUCAAACUCCUAUAUGGAGACACAGUGGACUCUCUGCGAGAAAACAGCACAUUGAACAGUGUGGCAAGAGGCAAAAAACAAAAGGAAUGCUCAGACAAGUCAUGCUUGAGAACUCCUUCUCUAAAAAAGAGAGUGGUUGAUAUCAACUUGGAAGGGAAGAAGGACUCUGGAAUGCUAAAAUACAUCAGGCACCAGGUAAUGAGCCUCUCCCCUGCACCUUUGUCACUGCUAAUCAAGGCAGCUCCUAUCCUCACAGAAGAGAUGUAUGGGGACAUCCAGCCAGCAGCGUGGGAGCUCCUGCUCAGUGUGGAUGAGCACAUGGCUGGAGCAGCAGCUGCCAUGUUCCUGCUGUGUGCUGUGAAAGUGCCAGAGGCCGUUUCUGACAUGCUGAUGUCCGAAUUUCAUCACCCAGAGACAGUGCAAAGACUGAAUGCCAUUCUCAAAUUUCACACGCUUUGGAGGUUUAGGUAUCAAGUCUGGCCAAGGAUGGAGGAGGGAGCACAGCAGAUCUUUAAGAUCCCUCCUCCAAGUAUAAACUUCACUCUGCCUUCUCCUGUCCUGGGGAUGCCAUCUGUGCCAAUGUUUGACCCCCCCUGGGUCCCUCAGUGCAGCGGGAGUGUGCAAGAUCCUAUAAAUGAAGAUCAGUCGAAGUCAUUUUCAGCCAGAGCUGUGUCGCGUUCCCAUCAGCGAGCGGAGCACAUCCUGAAGAACCUGCAGCAGGAGGAAGAGAAGAAACGCCUGGGCCGGGAAGCCAGUCUCAUCACUGCCAUCCCCAUCACUCAGGAGGCCUGCUAUGAGCCAACCUGCACACCAAGCUCAGAGCAGGAAGAAGAAGUAGAAGAAGUUGCCAACCUGGCCUCCCGCCGUCUCUCUGUGAGUCCUUCCUGCACCUCCAGUACAUCUCAUAGGAACUAUUCUUUCCGCCGUGGCUCUGUCUGGUCAGUGCGGUCAGCAGUCAGUGCAGAAGAUGAAGAACACACUACAGAGCAUACUCCAAACCAUCAUGUGCCACAACCACCUCAAGCCGUGUUUCCAGCAUGCAUCUGUGCAGCAGUGCUCCCCAUUGUCCAUUUGAUGGAAGAUGGAGAAGUCCGGGAGGAUGGAGUAGCUGUAAGUGCUGUUGCUCAGCAGGUCCUGUGGAACUGCUUAAUUGAAGACCCCUCUACAGUUCUGCGCCAUUUCCUUGAGAAGCUCACAAUCAGCAACCGACAGGAUGAGCUGAUGUAUAUGUUAAGGAAGCUUUUGCUGAACAUCGGAGACUUCCCUGCCCAGACAUCUCAUAUCCUCUUUAACUACUUGGUAGGACUGAUCAUGUAUUUUGUACGCACUCCAUGUGAGUGGGGCAUGGAUGCCAUUUCUGCCACACUUACCUUCCUUUGGGAAGUGGUGGGUUAUGUAGAAGGACUCUUCUUCAAGGAUCUCAAACAGACUAUGAAGAAGGAACAAUGUGAAGUGAAGCUGCUGGUGACUGCCUCAAUGCCAGGCACAAAAACCCUUGUCGUGCAUGGACAGAAUGAGUGUGACAUCCCAACUCAGUUACCAGUGCAUGAGGACACACAGUUUGAGGCUCUUCUGAAGGAGUGUUUGGAGUUUUUUAACAUACCUGAAACACAGUCUUCUCAUUACUUUUUAAUGGAUAAGCGAUGGAAUCUUAUUCAUUACAACAAGACCUAUGUCCGUGACAUUUAUCCUUUCCGGAGGUCAGUUUCUCCCCAGCUCAACCUGGUGCAGAUGCAUCCAGAAAAGGGUCAAGAGCUCAUUCAGAAGCAGGUGUUCACCCGCAAGCUAGAAGAGGUGGGGCGGGUGUUGUUCCUCAUAUCACUGACACAGAAAAUUCCUACUGCCCACAAGCAGUCCCAUGUAUCUAUGCUCCAGGAGGACCUCCUCCGCUUGCCUUCAUUUCCCCGAAGUGCCAUUGAUGCUGAGUUCUCACUCUUCAGUGAUCCCCAAGCUGGGAAAGAGCUCUUUGGUCUGGACACUCUUCAGAAAAGCUUGUGGAUUAAGCUGCUGGAGGAGAUGUUCCUUGGCAUGCCCAGUGAGUUCCCCUGGGGGGACGAGAUCAUGCUGUUCUUGAACGUCUUCAAUGGUGCCCUGAUCCUGCACCCUGAGGACAGUGCCUUGUUGAGGCAGUACGCUGCCACAGUCAUCAACACAGCUGUGCACUUUAACCACCUCUUCUCCCUCAGCGGGUACCAGUGGGUCCUCCCCAGCAUGUUGCAGGUAUACGCUGACUAUGAAAGCAACCCACAGUUACGCCAAGCGAUUGAGUUUGCGUGCCGCCAGUUCUACGUUCUGCAUCGCAAGCCCUUUAUUCUGCAGCUGUUUGCAAGUGUGGCCCCUCUCCUGGAGUUCCCUGAUGCUACAAACAAUGGAACCAGCAAAGGAGUGUCAGCUCAGUGCCUGUUUGACCUGCUGCAGUCUUUAGAGGGAGACACUCCAGACAUUUUGGACAUCUUAGAGCUGGUGAAAGCAGAAAAGCCUCUCAAGUCAUUAGACUUCUGCUAUGGGAAUGAAGACUUGACCUUUUCAAUCAGUGAAGCCAUCAAGCUGUGUGUGACAGUGGUGGCCUAUGCUCCUGAAUCAUUCAGAAGCCUCCAGAUGCUGAUGGUCUUGGAAGCACUGGUUCCCUGUUACUUGCAGAAACUGAAGCGACAAACAUCUCAAGUGGAGACUGUGACAGCAGCUCGUGAGGAGAUUGCUGCUAUGGCUGCCCUUGCCACGUCUUUGCAGGCCCUCUUGUACAGUGUAGAAGUUCUCACCAGGCCUAUGACAGCCCCACAAAUGAGUCGAUGUGACCAAGGCCAUAAAGGGACCACAACAGCAAACCACACCAUGUCAGCAGGUGUGAACACCAGGUACCCAGAACAAGGAGCCAAACUACACUUUAUCAGGGAGAACCUUCACUUACUGGAGGAGGGCCAGGGUCUUCCCCGAGAGGAGCUGGAUGAACGAAUUGCCAGAGAGGAGUUCAGGAGACCACGGGAGUCAUUGCUGAAUAUCUGCACAGAGUUUUACAAGCAUUGUGGUCCAAGGCUGAAGAUUUUGCAGAAUCUGGCUGGUGAGCCCCGAGUGACUUCUCUGGAGCUGCUGGAUGUGAAGUCCCACAUGAGAUUGGCAGAAAUCGCACAUUCUCUGCUGAAACUGGCACCUUAUGACACGCAGACGAUGGAAAGCCGAGGUCUCCGGCGCUACAUCAUGGAGAUGCUGCCCAUCACUGACUGGACAGCUGAGGCGGUGAGACCUGCCCUUAUCCUCAUCUUAAAGAGAUUGGAUCGUAUGUUCAAUAAAAUUCACAAGAUGCCUACUUUGAGGCGCCAGGUUGAGUGGGAGCCUGCCAGCAAUUUGAUUGAAGGGGUCUGUUUGACACUUCAGAGGCAGCCAAUCAUAUCCUUCCUGCCUCACCUUAGGUCUCUGAUCAAUGUGUGUGUCAAUCUGGUGAUGGGAGUGGUAGGACCCUCCAGUGUGGCUGACGGAUUACCCCUUCUUCAUCUCAGCCCUUAUCUCUCGCCACCUCUGCCCUUCAGCACAGCUGUUGUCCGGCUUGUAGCAUUGCAGAUACAGGCUUUGAAAGAAGAUUUCCCCCUAAGCCAUGUCGUCUCCCCAUUCACCAAUCAGGAAAGAAGGGAAGGAAUGCUUUUAAACCUACUGAUUCCAUUUGUGCUCACAGUAGGAUCUGGAAGAAAAGACAGCCCCUGGCUGGAGCAGCCUGAGGUCCUGCUGCUGCUCCAGACUGUUAUCAAUAUCCUCCUGCCACCUCGCAUCAUCAGCACUUCCCGCAGCAAGAAUUUUAUGCUGGAGAGCUCCCCUGCCCAUUGCUCCACCCCAGGGGAUGCAGGGAAGGACCUGCGGCGGGAAGGGCUCGCAGAGUCCACCAGCCAGGCUGCCUACCUGGCCCUGAAGGUGAUCCUUGUUUGCUUUGAACGCCAACUGGACAGCCAGUGGUACUGGCUGAGCCUGCAAGUCAAAGAGAUGGCACUGCGGAAGGUGGGAGGGCUGGCCCUGUGGGAUUUCCUCGACUUUAUCGUACGAACACGGAUCCCUAUCUUUGUGCUCCUUCGGCCCUUCAUCCAGUGCAAGCUGCUGGCCCAGCCGGCUGAGAACCAUGAGGAGCUGACUGCCCGACAGCACAUUGCCGACCAGCUGGAGAGACGGUUCAUACCGCGCCCGCUCUGCAAGAGCUCCCUCAUCGCUGAAUUCAAUAAUGAGCUGAAGAUCCUGAAGGAGGCAGUGCACAGUGGGUCUGCUUACCAAGGGAAGACAUCUGUCAGCACCGUGGGCACCUCCACCUCCGCUUACCGCCUGAGCCUGGCCACCAUGUCCCGCUCCAACACCGGCACUGGCACGGUCUGGGAGCAGGACAGUGAGCCUUCCCAGCAGGCCUCGCAGGACACGCUGAGCCGCACAGAUGAGGAGGAUGAGGAAAAUGACUCCUUGAGCAUGCCCAGUGUGGUAAGUGAACAAGAAGCAUACCUUAUGGGUGCCAUUGGGAGGAGGCGGUUCUCCAGCCAUCUCUCCAGCGUGUCUGCACCUCAGGCUGAGGUGGGCAUGUUACCCAGCCAAAGUGAACCUAAUGUCCUCGAUGACUCCCCGAGCCUGGCCACUGAGGGCAGCCUCUCUAGGGUGGCAAGCGUGCAGAGCGAGCCAGGACAGCAAAACCUUCUUCUGCAGCAGCCCCUGGGGCGGAAGAGAGGCCUACGGCAGCUUCGACGACCACUGCUGUCACGUCAGAAAACUCAGACCGAACCUCGUAGCCGUCAUGGAGCUCGACUUUCAACCACGCGGCGGAGCAUCCAGCCAAAACCAAAACCUAGCGUGGAGCAGAAGCGAUCAGUGACUUUCACUGAAGCCCAGCCUGAGGCAACAACAGCCUCCCCAGGGGACCUGUCAGCUCCAGCAGCCCAGCAGCAGGGCUGCAGCCGCAGCAGCCCCCAGGCGACCAGCAAGCAGGAACCGCCAAGUAAACCUGUGCUGACUUCCUCACCUGCCAUCGUUGUAGCUGAUCUCCAUAGCCAGAUGACUGGCCAGAGCGAGGCACUUUCUGCUGAGAAGGAGAAGGAAAAAGAGGAGGGCUUGGAGUCCCGGCCAACAACAGCACAAAGCACCCCACCCACACAGCUCUCUGACACCGAGGACUAUGCUGGCCUCGAGACCACCAGCUUGUUGCAGCACGGGGACACUGUCCUUCACAUCAGUGAGGACAAUGGAAUGGAGAACCCCUUGCUGGCCACUCACUUCAGCUUCACGCACGUGGAGCUGGGGGAGACCGACGUCGAUCUAGAUGAAUCUCAUGUUUAA